ACAACCAGAACUCAAUUGUCCCAGACUCUCAGGGUCUGGGUCAUGGGUCCCCGAGCCCUACUCCUGCUGCUCUCGGGUGCACUGUCCCUGACCGAGACCUGGGCGGGCCCUCACAGCCUGAGAAUAUUCAUUACCGCCGUGUCCGGACCCGGCCGCGGGACGCCCCGGUACAUCCUCGUCGCGUACGCAGACGACACAGAGAUCGCGCGUUUCGACAGCUACGCCCCGAAGCCUAGGCUGGAGCCGCGGGUGCCAUGGAUGGAGCAGCCGUGGGUGGAGCAGGAGCAUCCACAUUUUUGGGACGACUACACGCGGGACAUCAAAAACUAUGAAAAGAUGUAUGGAGGGAACGUGAACAACCUGCGCGCCUACUACAACCAGAGCGAGGACGGGUCUCACACCUUCCAGGAAAUGAGGGGCUGCGUCCUGGGGUCAGAUGGUCGCUUGCUCCGCGGGUUCAGUCAGUUCGCCUACGAUGGCACCGACUACCUCGCCCUGAAUGAGGACCUGAGCUCCUGGACGGCAACCGACACAGCCUCCCGUAUCACCUGGCACAAAGUAGUACAGGUCGCUGAUCUGGACUACUGGAGGGUGACUGUGGACACAUGCUUGCACUGGCUCCGCCUGUUCCUGGAGAAGGGGAAGGAGACUCUGCUCAGAGCAGAUCCUCCAAAGACAUACGUGUCCCACCACCCCAUCUCUGACCAUGAGGUCACCCUGAGGUGCUGGGCCCUGGGCUUCUACCCUGCGGACAUCACCCUGACCUGGCAGCAUGAAGGGGAGGACCUGACCCAGGACAUGGAGCUUGUGGAGACCAGGCCUGCGGGGGACGGGACCUUCCAGAAGUGGGCAGCUGUGGCCGUGCCCCCUGGAAAGGAGCAGAGAUACACGUGCCAUGUGCAGCACCAGGGGCUGCCUGAGCCCCUGACCCUGAGAUGGGACCCCCCUCCUCAGACUACUGUCACCAUCAUCGUGGGCAUUGCUGCUGCCCUGGGUCUCCUUGGAGCUGUGGUCACUGGAGCAGUGCUGUGGAGGAGGAAGUGCUCAGGCAGAGGCAGUAAGAACUACACUCAGGCUGCCUGCAGGGACAGUGCCCAGGGCUCUGAUGUGUCUCUCACAGCUCCAGACAUGUGACAGAGCUGCCUUGUCCAGGACCUGGUGCUAAAUAGUCAUUGCAGCCUCCCCUUGGGACUUUAAGGGUCCCUGACUGCUGUUUCUGCAACUGGCAUCAGAAUGUGCCUUAUCAGCAUCAGUGAGGAGCAGGUCACCAGGCCACCCUCCCCACAGGGACCUGUGUCCUCUCCCCUGGGGACAGUCCUGUCCCAGCCAAGUUGGGGUGAGGCCAUCCCCAUCCUGGUCAUUUCUCAUCUGGGUCAUCUUUGUUGCUCCUUUGUCCUUGCUGCUUCAGGAGAGCCUUGUCCCACCAGGAACUUGUUUCACAGGGAUGUGAGUGUCAUCUGGGCCUUGAGGUGACUCUAGGACUGUGCUCAGUGAGGGCUUCCUAUGGCCGUGUCAGCCUGGGCUCAGGCCUGGGUCCAGCCCUCAGCCCCCAUCUUUUGGAUAUUUGUUGUUUGUUUGUUUUUAUUGAUAUUGUACCUAACCUUGUUUUUAAAUUAAAUU